GAAUAAAUUAGAAAUCCAAUACAAUGAUGUCUAUUAGCUGGAAUAGUAGCAUGUAGAUCUAUUAUUAUUACAGCCAAAGCUUCAUUUUUUUUUGAGUCAUAUGGUGAAUAAUUUAGAAAUCUAAUACAAUGAUAUCUAUUAGCUUGAAUAAUGGCAUGUAGAUCAACAAAAGGUCCAUGUUUAAUGUAUUGUUGCAAUAGAGAUUACAAUGUGCAGUAUCAGCACUCUAUUUUCCAGUUCUGUCAUCCUGAUACAUGCAUGAUUGUUCUAUAUAUGUAUAUAUGUAUAUUGAUAUGUUAUAUGUGUUUGGAAUUUACAUUUUACAAUUUGCAGUUUACCUUACCUUUUUUUGAAGAUGAUUACAACGUGCAGGAUGUAUUCUAUUUUCAAGAUCUGUCAUCCCGAUUGCAAUUAUAAUAGUUGUGUAAUUUUUCCCUCCUAUAUUUUUAAAAUUACAUAUGCUGAUGUGUGCAUAGCUAAAGCAAAAUUUUGCUUCACAGGUAUUAUUUGUGCUUAUACAACUCCUGUAAUCAAUUGCAUUGCCCCUUUUUAAGGAUAAUAAAUGUACUGAACACUCUCCAUUACUAAACUAAAGCGUGCUUAACAGAAACUAUUUAUACUAAUUCAAGAAUUUGUUCACUGUUGUAGAUAGCUAAACCAUAAUAUGUUGCUUUAUGUGUUAUGUCUGUAUAAAAAAGGCAAAAAAAAAAAAAGUUUGCUGCAGCCUGAUUUAUAUAUAUGUUAUGUGUGCUUGGAAUUUGCAUUAUACAAUUUACGGUUUACCUUAAUAGUUGAUAGGCUUAACAUAAACUAUUUAUACUAAUUCAACAAUUUGUUCACUGUCGUAGAUAGCUAAACCAUAAUAUGUUGCUUUAUGUGUUAUGUCUGUAUAAAAAAGGCAAAAAAAAAAAAAAGAAGUUUGCUCCAGCCUGAUUUAUAUAUAUGUUAUGUGUGCUUGGAAUUUGUAUUAUACAAUUUACGGUUUACCUUAAUAGUUGAUAGACUUAACAGAAACUAUUUAUACUAAUUCAUCAAUUUGUUCACUGUCGUAGAUAGCUAAACCAUAAUAUGUUGCUUUAUGUGUUAUGUCUGUAUAAAAAAGGCAAAAAAAAAAGAAAGAAGUUUGCUCCGGCCUGAUUUAUAUAUAUGUUAUGUGUGUUUGGAAUUUGCAUUAUACAAUUUACGGUUUACCUUAAUAGUUGAUAGAUACGAUGGACUUCUAUCUACAUAUCACAUAUCCUAAUACAUGCAUGAUUGUUCCAAUAACUUGGAAAUAAUAGCUGGCUACUGUUCUCUGCUAUUUAGUUAUAUACAUGUCAUCAAGUCGCAGAUCUCGCACAUGGCGACGCGUGCGAAGCAACUCUCUUUCACCUCCAAUGAAUGUACCAGCUAUCAGUUAUCCAGUUACAAUCUGGUUACUAAGCUUCGAUAUAUGACUUACAAAAUUAUUCUGCGUUAUAUAUAUCACAUGAAGUUUUUUCAUGAUUUUUAUUCGCAAGGAUAAACCACUCAUAUAUUUUCUCUUGGACUUAGUAUCUCCGAUCCACUAAUGGCUUUUAUCAUAUGUUUCUUUGUACUAAACUCCAACAUAUACGUUACAAAGAAACUCUUAAUUGUUCUUUAAAAAAAUAAAAAAUAAAAAUAAAAAAACCUGUGGCCACAGAGAUUCUGAACCUUUUCUUAUAUGAAACAGAAUCCCCUGGAAUGCCUAUUUCAGUUCCAUACCUACAGCCAGACUGCCAGAAGGUACAAACCACAAUAGCAAGGAACCAUUUUUGUCCUAUUGUACCACCACAUAUCGCUACACAGAAUCGCAGGAAAAGAAAGCGUUUGAACUAUUUCAAAGCUCUAGCACAACAAGCUUCAGAAACUGAUUUGUCGCUCUAUUCAUUACAAGAUAUGUUUGAAUCAGUGAAAGAAUAUACGAAUUUCCUCAAAGAGAUCUCAAUUAAAUUAAUUGGGAGUUAUACAACUCAUGCAGACAGAUAUGGUUUACCUGCUGCCUCUGAAUUAGCUGCUUUGGUCAUUGGUGAUGCUUCUAUUGGUGCAACUGAAUUUGAUAUCAUUGUUGAAUGUCAUAGUGGUGAAUUCAAACAGAUACAUCCUAUACAUCCAGCAUUGAUGGCAUUACAAUAUCCUCUUCUGUUUCCAUAUGGUGAGCCAAGUUACCAUUUGGGCAUCAAAUAUAAACAGAUUGACGAUCAGCCUUUAACUGGUAGACAAGCAAUCACAAUGCUUGAAUAUUUUACCUAUUAUGCUCAUUACCGAAAAUAUGUCCCAAAUCCUUAUACUUGCUGUGGUCGAUUAUCUGAUCAAGCUUCUGUAAAUGCAUACUCUUGCGUAGAAAGCGAACGCUUGACAUAUCAUUUUUUCCACCAAGCUGAAUUAAGAUCUGAAACAUAUCAAGGAAUCACUGAAGCAAUUAACAAAGGUGCAUCAAGAGGUAAAGAUGUAGGAAUAAAACGUACAUUACCCUCCAGUUUUAUUGGCUCUAAAAGAUAUCUGAUACAAAAUUACCAUGAUUGCAUGGCUAUAUGUCGUGUCUAUGGAGCUCCACAGCUUUUUAUAACACAAACUUGCAACAGCAACUGGCUUGAAAUAAUAGAAGGAAUCAAGUAUGAGUCAGGUCAAAAACCACAUGACCGAAAUGAUAUUAUUGUUCGAGUGUUCCAUCUCAAGUUACAUGAGCUAUUAAAUGAUCUCAAAGAUGGGAGUACAUUUGGAUCUGCUCUAGCUGACCAACCAGAUAAUAACGAUGGAGUAGAUGAAAUAGCUGAAUACAUAAAAUCUCGGUAUCUAUCUGCUUGCGAGUCAUUUUGGAGGCUCUUUGGGUUUGAAAUACACGGUAGAACACCUGCUGUUGAGCGGCUCCAUGUUCAUUUACCAGGAUUUGGAGGAACCGGUAAAACAUUUUUAUGGAACAGCAUAAUCUAUAAAUUACGCUCAGAAACAAAAAUUAUCUUACCUGUAGCUACAAGUGCAGUUGCUGCUUUGUUACUUGCUGGAGGUAGAACAUCACAUUCAAGAUUUCAAAUUCCGAUAGAUAUCAAUGAAUCAAGCACCUGCAAUAUACGGCGAGACUAUAUCACUGAGUUUGAUCCAACUAAAAAAGAGGACCAUAUCUGUUCUUCAAUGGCUCAUAUAUCUCAACUUAAAUUUAAUCAUAUGCUCCAAGAAUCUUUUUCCAGCUGAACAUUAUAGGGAGCUUGGUCCUGUGCAGUGCAAGCUAUGUUACUGAUUUCGAUCAAACUAAAGAGAGGAGCAUAUCUGCUGUUUAAUAGCUCAUAUAUCUUCACUUAAUUUCAUCUAUGUAUACAUAUUUCUAACACUACUUGCAGCUGUGCACCAGUGGACAUCAAUAUAUAUAUAUAUAUGUAUCCUUUUUCCUCCACAACGUAUUAAUUGUUAUGAAGAUAAUAUCUUGCUAUGCUGUUUAUCUAUAUGAUUUUCUAUUGUUCCAUCAUGUAUAUUUCACAUGACUGCUUCAAUACGUCCUGGCUUUAAACAAAUGACGAUAACUCCUUUGAAAAAUAUCAAUGCAUCAUCAUUUCGAGCUAAAAUUUGUGCAAGAGUUACAAGACUGUCUGAAUUUAGACUUGAUAAUAAUCCACAUAAAAUACAAAGACUUGACUUCGUUCUACUAGAUGAAGAGGGGAAAGCUAUUGAAGCUCAAGUGCCUGAGCGUCAAGUUGAUCGAUAUAAACCACUGCUUAGAGAGGAGGAAGUAUACUUCAUUCAAUACUUCCAAAUAUUUCCAGCCAAAACGACUUAUCGAGCAGUUGAUCAUAUGUUCUUAAUCAGAUUCACGAAUUACACUGAAGUCCAUAAAACAUCGACAAUCUCUUCAAUGUUUCCGAAGAUUGCCUACUCCUUGGUUCCCUUUGACAUAUUGAAGACAAGAAUAGAUAACAUCAAUGAUAUGUCAGAUGUGAUAGGUCGACUAACAACAGUAGGCCAUACUACAACAGCUUACGUUAAGGGAAUACAAAAAUCAAAUCGAAAACUUUAUUUGACAGAUGGCAGGGAAAGUAUUGAAGCUAUGCUUUGGGGUCGACAAGCUAUAGAUUUUCCCGCCGAACAAAUUAUAGAAGAGAGCAAAAGAACACCAAUAAUUAUUCUAUUGCUUGGAGUGACUUGCAAAUCACGUGAAGGCCAACUAAAACUCCAAGGGAGCACCACAUGCCAAUGGCAUAUUAAUCCCAUUAUACCUGAAGCAAUUGCACUUCAAGAUAGAUUCAAAGCAUUUCCAUAUGAAGUGUCGUGGCUAAAUGCACCAACCACAAGUACCCAAACCAUAUCAACAUCCAUUAAUGAUCUUGCAAACAUCAUCAACCCACACAAGAUAUAUGGUAAUACAUACCAAGUUAAUGUUGUGAUAAAAACACUGAAACCUAAUCAACCAUGGUGGUACCUUGGUUGUACUUCAUGUCACAAACGAGUGCUUCAAGAAGGUGAUAGCUAUAGAUGUCCAAAAUGUGCUGCAACUACUGCUGAACCAAUGUAUCGCAUCACAUUAGUAGCAAUUGAUCCAACUAAUCUCAAUGAGGAAGACCCAAAAAGCAUUGAGAUUGUUUUCUUUGGUACCACUGGAGAACAACUCACAGGUGUUCCAGCUUUAACACUUGCAGCGUCUUCGACAAUAAACCCAACAGAAAUACCUCUAGAAAUUACACGAUUAUAUGGACACAAGUACACUUUAAAGAUAAAUGUCUCCUUUUCUUCCAUGCAACAAAGAGACAUAUCAUUUCAAGUUAGGUCCAUAAUAAAUGCAUAUGGUCCAGUUGUUCCUGUCCUAUCUACAACAAGCAAAACACCAGGAAGUACUUCAGCUCACACAGACAGCUCAAUAUCAAUUGACAUUCCGCAGGAACAACACAAGAAAGAAACAAAAAAUUUAUCGACUGUAGCUGAAACAACACCACCAGAACACAUCACUUUAGCUACAGAUGUGCAACAAUCAUCUAAACGGCACCUCACUGAAGAAAACUCAGAUUUAUCUGAUCCAAAAAAUAUACCCAGUAAAAGACAUGCUGCAAGGAAGCUAGACUUCAAAAGCUAAAUUAUCACCAACUGAACUUCUAAUCUGAUCUCGAGCGUUGUUACUAUAUAUCAGUGUCCAUGUAUCUUUAACCUCUGAAUGUGUAAAUAUAGCUAACAACAGUGGAGACUGGUUCCUAUGUAUAACUUACCAUGUACAACUACUAUGUAUUUAUAUUUCUAAAUUAUAUCUUUUCAUA